AUGGGCCAUUGUCUAAGUUGUUUCAAAAACCAAACCAAUGCUGAUGUAACUAUGUCUCAAAGAAAAAAUGAUGAUAUUACUGAAAUUGUGACUACAAGUCAAGUGCCUACUGUCAUGAUAUCUGACUACCCUCAGGAAGAACCUCUUCUUCAUAACAAUGAAAAUAGCCUUAACUCUUACAGGAACAUACAAAAUGCAAAUACUUUGAAUUCUUACAAUGACCCUUGUACUGGGGAGUUAACAGUUUCACAAAAGUCACAUAAUAUAAAUUCGGAAAAAACAAUAAAACCAUUUUAUCAAAAAUUGCCUUCAAUUCCUAGAACUAUGUCAUCUUUUAGUUCAAAUGAACUGAGAAUAUCUGAAACAAAAAUAAAUCAGUUGUUCGAUUUAUAUAAAGAUUCAUUGGAAGAUGCAAUUUUGGCUGAAGGAAUAGAAAAUCUUUGUAAUGACUUGCAAUUAAAUCCAGAUGAUUUUAAAGUAUUAGUCCUUGCUUGGAAGUUAAAUGCUAGUCAAAUGUGUAGAUUUACAAGGCAGGAAUUUGUACAGGGCUUGAAAAAUCUAAAAACAGAUUCUAUUAAAGGCAUACAACAUAAAUUAAAUGAAAUUACAAGUGAUUUGAAGAGGGACUCUGAAAAUUUUAAAGAUUUAUAUAGAUUUACAUUUAAAUUUGGCUUGGAUGUUAGUAUAGGACAAAGGAUACUUCCAUCUGACAUUGCUGUGUUAUUAUGGCGACUAGUCUUUACAAAUAAUGAACCGCCUAUAUUAGAUAAAUGGUUAAAGUAUCUUGAGAAAAAUCCACACAUAAGGGGCAUACCAAAAGAUACUUGGUAUAUGUUUUUAAAUUUUUGUGACUAUGUUGGAGAUGACCUGAGCAGCUAUGAUGAUACAGAAGCCUGGCCAAGUUUGUUCGAUGAUUUUGUAGAGUAUGAAAAUGAUCAAAUGAAUCAAAAUGUUACAAAGAGUGACAUGAAAAUGCAGGAUUAA